CUUUCCAGAUUGCUCCCAAAGUAGAACUUUCAUUUUUAUGAUGGAUGGCUGGUCAGUUCAUCUGAAUCCAAAGUAUGCUGGUGUAGAAAAUGAAGAGCCUUGGAGAUUCCAUCCAUAUGUAAAUGCUAACAAGAAAGAUGACGAUAAGACGUCCACUGUGCCUGCUGUGAGAGAUUCUUCUGGAAUUGACUGGCUAUUCAUUUUCUUCAUUUUGUCGUUAGUGGCUACGGUGCAAGCAAUACUAGCCGUUGGAAGUUACUCUGGCGAGGGCAAACCUCCAAUGUUUGGUGAUUUUGAAGCUCAACGCCACUGGAUGGAGAUCACAUACCACCUUCCCGCGCGCGAAUGGUAUUUAAAUGGUACAGACAAUGAUCUCCUCUACUGGGGACUUGAUUACCCUCCUCUAACCGCCUACCACAGUUAUGUUAUGGGAUUCAUUGCGCACAUCAUAAACCCAUCAUGGGUGUCGUUACAUACUAGUAGAGGUAUACAAAAUGCAGCUCACAAGAUGUACAUGCGUGUCACCGCCAUUCUACCUUUUUACAUGAUCUAUGUGCCUGCUGUGCUGUUCUUCAUUUUCAACGAGAAAAGCAGCGAGAAGCUGAAUGUUCUUCUUCCUGUCUUGUUACUCUAUCCGGGAUUGUUGGCGAUCGACAAUGCUCACUUCCAAUACAACAGCAUCUCACUAGGACUAUUUCUCUUGUCUUUUCUACUCCUUGUUGCUCAGCGACGUCUGCUUGGAUCCAUAGCUUUUGUUCUCGCAUUGAACUAUAAGCAAAUGGAGUUAUACCAUGCUCUACCUAUAUUCGUGUUUAUACUGGCGCGAUCUCUCAAGAGGCCGAUCAUGCCGAACUUGAUAGAAAGCUUUAUAUCCGUUGCGAAAGUUGCGACAAUCGUUUUGCUUUCAUUUGCUUUGCUUUGGUUGCCAUUUAUUCUCAACGGAACACAAAGCGCAUUGGCCGUGCUUGGACGGAUUUUCCCUUUCUAUCGUGGAUUAUACGAGGACAAAGUUGCUAGCGUUUGGUGUGCAUUCUCUCCCAUUCUUCGCCUGAACAAGCACUUCUCCUUGGAUACACAAAUCAAGAUAAGUGCUAUAUCUGUAUUACUGGCUGUGGCACCAUCGUUAUUGCUUCUAUUUUUGCGAUCUACUACGAAGAAUUUCAAACUGAGUCUUCUGAUCUCAUCGUUGUCUUUCUUUCUGUUUUCAUUUCAAGUGCAUGAAAAAUCCAUUCUGCUUGCUGCAGUACCUGCAAUGCUAUUACUUCCGCAUUAUCCAGUUAUUUCUACAUGGUUUCUUCACAUUUCUAAUACUAGCAUGUUCUCAUUGUGUAUAAAGGACGGUAAUAGCACACUGCUCACGCUCUUCGUGGCUUACUAUAUUCUAUGCGCUCUGAUUGUCAAAAUUCCCAACAAAUCGCUAUUUUUCGCGUGGCAUUUGUCCUGCUUAGGUGCCAUUGCACUAUGUGUUGCGGAAUGGACAAUCUCUCCACCUGCACGAUAUCCUCAUCUGUUUCCAUUGCUGAAUGCUGCCUACAGUUGUUCACAUUUCCUCGCUUUUCUAGCGUAUUUCUAUUAUGAAAUGAUCGUUGGUGAAUAUCAAGUGCUUGCCAGAAAAGCAGCCUAAACUAGCAUAACUUGUUAGUAAUUUUUAAACUAUUAUGUUUUCUGUGAUAAUUUACGGGAUUGAGCUCUCUAUCAUUGUUCGACAGAAUGUUUACGCCUAUUGAAUGAAAUUUGUUUCUAAUCUGACCAUGCCCAGCUUAGAACAUACGAAGCCUGUAAACACUUCCGCGUAGCAUUUUUCAUACUUCAGUUUCUUGCUUUUGC